AUGACGACUAUUCUUGCUUCGUGUAAGCAGACGCGAUUUCACCUACUGGAUGAUAAUCCUUCAUCCGAGGUUGACGUGGAUGGACUCGGCAUUGUCGUCACUUCGUCCGCACCCGCUGAAGAUGUGAACAAAUUUAAAGUCAAGGGGAAGUCCAAGGCCAAGGCAGAAGGAAGAGAGCUCAUCUCAGAUGGCCACCUUCGUUUGAAAGGAGGAAUCCAUUAUGGGUUGCUGGGUCGCAACGGCACUGGCAAGUCGACACUACUCAGGGCGAUGGCUGAAAAGCUUAUUCCCGGUAUAUCCCAUGCCACUCGCAUUGCCAUCUUGCAGCAGACAGACGAGGAAGACGGACCAGGUGGCAAUGCAUCGUUGAAACUGGGAAUGUCCGUCCUUGAAUCCGUGCUCAGCAGCGACGAGGCCAGGAAUGAAGCUGUUCGUAUGGCAGACUUCCUCUCAAAAAGCUUCGAGACAGAAAAUCCACUGGAACCGGUCAAGGCUAUUCGCAAGAUUAGGUACCAGCAUGCCGAGAAGAUGCUGUUUCUGGCUCACAAGAAUGCCAACUUGAAAAGUGGUGCCAGAGGUCUUCAAGCCAGAAAACUUUUGAAGGAAGCUGAAGCAAAGCUGGAAUCUACACAGGAAAUGGUUGCCCAAGAGCCAGAUUCGAUCGAUGCCGAUGUGAUCCAAACGGACACGCAAGAGGCAGUUGAAAUGCUCCAGAACCUACAAUCUCAACUUGAGCAAAUGAACCUCGCCGAUAUGGAAAAAGAGGCGCGUCGCAUUCUACUCGGUCUGGGAUUCACAGAAGACGCUUUCGGGAAAAAGGUGUCGACGCUGUCAGGCGGUUGGCGAAUGCGAUGCAUGCUUGCUAGUAUUCUGAUUCAAAAGCCCGACAUUAUGAUUCUUGACGAGCCUACCAAUUUCCUCGAUCUUCUGGGAGUCGUGUGGCUUGAAAACUAUCUCCAGCGGUUACGUGAAGAUUCCGAAACAACGAUCGUUCUCGUUUCCCAUGACCGAGACUUCAUCAACGCCGUCUGUGAAGAAAUCGUCAUCCUCCGAGAUCAAAAGCUGAACUACUUCCGCGGCAACCUCGCCGCCUACGAACAAAACUUCGAAGAGCAGAAGCUUUACCUGGGACGCAUGAAGGAAGCACAGGAGCGGCAAAUCGCCCACAUGGAAGCGAGUAUCCAGCAGAACCUGAAGAUCGGCAAGAAGACCAACGACGAAAACAAGCUACGGCAAGCCAAGUCUCGCCAGAAGAAGGUCGAUGAUCGGAUGGGUCUGCAGGUCAGUGCGACCGGGGGCCGAUUCAAACUCAAUCGCGACCGGGUCGGAUAUCACCUGUCCUCUCGAGCGGAGAUUGAAGUGCCGACGGAUGAAAAGGGCGCGACGAUGAGUCUCCCGGCUGCCACUGAGCUGCGUUUUCCGGGGCCGCUGGUGUCUCUGGAGGGUAUUACUUUCAAGUACAAGAAGGAUGACCGGGUGGUUCUGGACGAUAUCAAUCUUGUAGUUCAUAUCGGUGAUCGCGUGGGGAUUAUGGGCCUUAACGGAUCUGGCAAGACUACGCUCAUUCGUGUUUUGAAUGGCCAAACCCCUCCGACCAAGGGCAAGGUCUCGACUCACUCACGGCUAAAAGUGGGUUACUACGGUCAACAUUCGGUCGAGGAGCUGCAGGAGCGUGGCGGGGGAGAACCCGGCCUGACUGCCCUGGGUCUAUUGAUGGCCGAGUCCGAAGGGUCACUAAAAGAAGGCGAGGUGCGAGGCUUGCUAGCAUCCAUGGGCCUGCAGGGACGCAUUGCCUCGGACGUUCCAGUAGCGAAGUUGUCAGGAGGGCAGCUGGUCCGCCUGGCACUGGCACGAAUCGUCUGGAGCGCACCUCAGCUCUUGAUCCUGGAUGAAAUUACCACCCAUCUGGACUUCCACACCGUGACUGCGCUAGCCACGGCUCUUUCUUCGUUCAACGGAGCCAUUAUCCUCGUCUCACACGACCGAUUCUUGGUUCGGACGGUAAUCGAAGGCAAACGCGAUACAGAGCACAAAUUGGAUGAGGAUUUCGAGGGCUUGGAAGAGGAAGAGGAAGAGGAAACGAAGAGUCGCCGCCGUUCGGUGUAUGUACUCAAGGCGGGCAAGUUGAAUGAGCAGACGAAGGGGGUAGAGCAGUUUGAGCAGAGUCUAGUGAAACGGGUGCAGAAGAUGCUAGUCGCGUAG